UGGAGCCGCGUGCGGUGUGGUGCGCUCUGCUCCGGCUCCUUGCUGGCGCGGCUGCCUACAUUCCUACCAUCUCCGCUGCACCGUGUGCCCAAGCCUCAAGACUUGGCUAGCAGCAUUGGCCCAAACCGCUGCUAUAGCUGCUUCCGAUGGCUGGCAAUAAAGGAAGAGGGCGCGCUGCCUAUACCUUUAAUAUAGAAGCUGUUGGAUUCAGCAGAGGGGAUAAGUUACCUGACGUGGUGUUGAAGCCUCCACCGCUGUUUCCUGAUACAGAUUACAAGCCAGUGCCCCUGAAAUCGGGAGAAGAUGAAGAUUACAUGCUGGCCUUGAAGCAGGAGCUGAGGGAAACAGUGAAACGACUGCCUUACUUUAUUGAAACACCCGAAGAAAAACAAGAUGAUAUUGAAAGGUACAGCAAACGAUACAUGAAGGUCUAUAAAGAAGAAUGGGUACCAGAUUGGAGAAGAUUUCCAAGAGAGAUGAUGCCAAGGAAAAAAUGCAGAAAAGGGGAUCCAAAGUCUAAACCGGCCAAAGCUGCAGGCAAGGACACUUCACUCAUUAGUUCUGCAGAUGUGUUGAAAAAGAUUGAGGAACUGGAAAAGAGAGGCGAGGGGGAAAGGUCGGAUGAAGAAAAUGAAGAAAAAGAAGGGAGCAAAGAGAAAGAUGAGGAGGAGGACGGCGAGGAGGACGCAGAACAGGAGGAGUAUGAUGAAGAGGAGCAGGAGGAGGAGAAUGACUACAUUAAUUCCUACUUCGACAACGGGGAUGAUUUUGGUGUAGACAGCGACGACAACAUGGAUGAAGCCACCUACUAGCCAUGGGGUCCCCAGAUAUUUGGCUGAUUCAGCUUCAAGCAUUUGAAUCGACUUUAUUUUGGAUAAGGACUAAGUCCGUAUUUUCUGUUGUUCUGUCUGACGAAUUUGUAUCCAAUUCUUCAGAACGACUUUGUGUUUACACCCCAUGACCUUACUCCAUUACCUCUGCCAUACCUCUGAUUAUGCAACGCAGUUGUGGGGUUCUCUGGGUUCUGUUUGAUCUGGAUUUGAAUGUUUCUGAAGAGUUUUAGUAUCACUCAGUCUGUGUGUUCACAGUUGAAAAAGAUCACUCUGGCUCACCUGCUGACCUUUGGUAAAAACUGUUACUAGUCAUAGUAGAUUUCUCUAAUACUGCACGUGGGGCACUUUAAGAACCAACUGGACAGUGAUCGCUCUCGCCCGGUACACUCUGUUUAUCAUGCUGUGAUCUUGUAAACGUACCUGAGUUCUUAACAGUACAGACUCAGGGGAUUCGAGUUACGCUGAGAGGAAACAGGCGCUCAGCAAACAUCAGUGGUCUGGAUGAAAUCUGUUUUUGUUCUCAGCCGCAACAAAGACUUUCACGAGGUGGAAGGUUAUCAGUGUCUGGCCUUGGUGAUCACUCCAAGCCAUACGGUGUACAGUGUGUGAAUUUUGACUCCACUGUAAUAAGUCUGACACUUUCAAUUUCUUGGGCUUACAGGGCGUGGGAGGGGACCUGAGACAUACUGCUUAAUUCUAGAUUUAUGUAACUUGAAAUAAGUCCUGGUUGUAUAAACCUCAUGAUAGAAUGGUGUGUGUGUGUGUGUGUGUGUGUGUGUGUGUGUAAGGGCUAUGCCCUCCCUUAUCUUUCACAAGAUUCAUAAAUUGCAAGUCAAUUAUAUAAUCAUGUAAAAUUAACUCAGGUCAUUUUGAAAUUAUGGUUGAUUCUUCUUGUUUUAACUUACAGGGUGACUCCUUGCAGUUUUAUAUUUUGCAGGAGAAAAUAUUCAGAACCCCUCACCUCUGAGGACUUUUUAACAUGCCAAAGAUUUUCAAGAGAAUCAUAGUGUACAUUUUAAAACUAAUAUAUAAAUGUAUCUGCCUACAGGACGAAAAUCGGUUUUUCCCACUGGGGAGACUUGUUACUCAUUAUCCUCUGACCUGAAAACUGGAGCCCUGCUUUUUCUCUCAGGGUUAAGAGAACCUUGAUAUUAAGCUUAAGUUUGUGUGCCUUACUUUCUCCACUUGUAAACAGUUUCCUAUAAAAAUUUAUAGGAAAAUUUACAGUGUUUAAACACUAACCAGAAUUGACCAAAUAUGUUACGUUACAGAAACAACCAUAUCUUAAAUUUUCUUUUUGCUCUCUAAGCAGUUGUACUGUGGAAAAUGAAAUAGUUUGGAGGAGCAGUUUCCUGUUGAGUUAUACUUCGAUUUUCCAGUCUUGUAUCUGUGUUAGAAACUGUAGUUUAUUUGUAUGAUCCAGAGAGAUUCCAAAAUUCCUUUCUCAGGUGAAGAAUCACUUUCAACGGCAAUACUUCAAAUACUUCCUGAUGGGUUCGAGGGCCAUCUUAACAGUGUAAUGCUGUACUGAAAGCUUGUGAAUGACAUCCAGUUCCCAGAAGCUUAUACAAAUACUGUAAGAUUCCAAGUGGAAACCAAGUCUUUAAAGCUUCAGUGUGUUGGGAAACUUACAUGAAAUUUUCAGUAAUAAUGGCAAAUGCUGUAGUUUGGGAAUAAGAAGUACUUUAUUCUCUUACCUUUGGUACCAGGCCCAAAGAUCCCAUUCAUAGAUAUUGUUUGGUUUUGUUUCCUUAACUCUUCCUAUCAGGGAGCUACAUUGACAAAGCCUUCUUCCCUAGCUUCCAGUGUGUCUUUGGGUGUGCGCCUGCCACCCAGAGGGAAGUGCUUUUGCACAGGAUUGACUCUGGAACCCCUGACAUCUCUUCUAAGGAUGCCCAUCCUCAUUUGAAAGAUCAGUUUACAACUUUAAACAUACUGAUUUUGAGAAAAGAUGAGAUGUUUCCAGGUUGCUUGGCUACCAUAAAUCUCUUUAGCUCUGAGUCUAUGAAAUUACUUUGUAGAGAGCUUCUUAAUAGUUAGAUAAGAAUACUUACUGGGGUAUCCUUAACAUUAUCAUAACAUAUAAAACUAGUUGCCACAUGCUGAUUUUUCUGUAUUUGUUUACACAUAUAAAGUUUAAAAAAUAAAAUUUUGGCCUUAAUACCAAGAUGGUUUGCAGUGAACAUUUAUUUGGUAGAGAAAACAAGCUAAUUCUGAUUUUUUUUUCU